GAGUCUAGGCUCCAUCGACAGGAAGGGGCCGCGUCAGAGAAGGACCGAGUCUGGGAUUGUGAAGUUGACUCAGCGACUCUCUCUGAAGGACAAACACAGCAAGGAGGACAGGAGCCUGCCGUCCAGACCUCCAGCCUACAGGAGGCGCUCUCUCAGCGUGGACUGGGCCGAAUCCAAAAUGACUCAACAGAUUCCAGACCCACAUCCUCUGAUUCCACGCAAAUGCCCCAGCACGUCAUGUUCGUCUCCUCCGAGUGCCGCACGACGCCUCUACAGAAACCUGUCUGGAAAGUUUCGCACGACGAACCUGCUUCUGGAAGAUACGGCACUCCCGGGCCAGUUGGACAAGGACCAUCCGCGUAAAACCACCAUGUUCCAGGGCAACGAGGCUCUGUUUGAAGCCGUGGAGCAUCAGGAGCUGGAUGUGGUGGAGUCUCUGUUGAGCGCCUUCAGUCUGGAGGAGCUGGACUUAAACACACCCAACAGUGAAGGCCUGCUGCCACUCGACAUCGCCAUCAUGACCAACAACGUCCCCAUGGCCAAGCUUCUGCUGAGAGCCGGGGCCAAGGAGAGUCCCCACUUUCUGAGUCUUGAAGGCAGAGCUGCUCACCUGGCCUCCCUGGUGCAAGAGGCGGAGCAUCGCAUAGCGGAGCUGGUUGCCCAGGUAACGGGGGAGGAGCCUGGGGAGAGGGAGGAGUCAAACAGAGAGAGACAGCUGAAAACAUGGGAAUGGAAGCUCCGCCUCUACAAGCGCAUGCAGACGGGAUUCACACACGCCAGUCCUCCUGAACCUCCCAGCAACGUUCAUCUGUCUGUCAGCAGUAUCAACAGUCUCAGAGUUUACUUCCAAGAGCCUCUUUGUCACAACUCUGCUGUUAUUACCAAAUACCGCGUGAGCUGGAGCAGCGUUCCUUCAUUUACCCCAUUGCUCGGUGAGACGGUAAUCGAAGACGUGACUCAACUCCAGUAUGACAUCACUGGACUUUUAGCGGGCAUGUGCUGUUAUGUCCAGUUAUCAGCUUAUAACAUGAAGGGGUGGAGUUCACCUCAGAUAUCUGAACCUGCUUGUGCUACACCCUCAAGUUGGAGGGAGGUGGACGGGUUUCCCCCCCGCCAGCAGGGUCUGAAAGAGGCGUUAGAGCAGCUCCUGGGGCAAAUUAAAGGGGCACACCGUCACUGCACAUGCCACGAACAAUGCAAACCCCCGUUGAACACCAGGAAACACUCUGUGUCUAAAAGUCUGAGGCAUCUCUUCCAGCCCACCAGCAAAUUUGUCAAAAAUCUGAAAAGAGGUCUUUAUCUGGCCUGUAUAUUUUAUAAAGAUGAAAAUGUCCUGGUGACUUCAGAGGAUCAGCUGCCUGUCGUUGAGGUGGACGACUCGUACAGCUGUCACGCACAGGAUCUACUUUGGUUCACAAAGGUGUCACAUCUCUGGGAGGAGCUCACCUGGAUGCAGCAGUGCAUCAGUCCCGCUCACGCCUCCAGUUCCUGUACGCUCCAGACGCGCCUCAAAAUGAUUCAGGCUGCUGCACAACUACAGGCUCUCCUUGGCACAGUGGAUCUGGGACAGGUGUAUUUUGAGCCCAUCAAGGACAAGCACGGUAACGUGGUUUUGGUGCUGAUGAAGGACGUGAGCGCAUGUGCGUCGCUGGAAGGCUUACGCUGGAUUCCCGUCAGUAAAUUCCAGCUGCAGCGCAGGUCGUCGUCUUCUUCAUCAGACGAGCCCAGCGCACUGGAAACACUCCUCACAACGCUGCACGAGAAACUGGCCUAUCACCGGCGCAGCAAGAAGUGUCUGUCUCCGGGCCUGUAUCUGGGUUACCUGAAGCUGUACACCUCAGUGGACCAGAUCAGGGUGCUCGUUUCACACAAACACCCAAACGUGCUGUGCCACGUCAAAGUACGGGACAACGGCCAUGUCUCCAGGGAAGAAUGGCAGUGGCUUCAAUCACUGAGUUCGCUCGAGGACAGUGCGCAGGUGUGUGGCGACGCUCAGAGCGCGCCGCAUCGCCUCCUACUGGACUUAAGAACCGCUGCUAAAGAUUUACUCGGCUACAUCAACAUUCCCAAUCACCAGGCACAGGAUUUCCGUGUGUAUGUGAAGGAGGUGGUUGAGUUGGGGGAGGGCGUGUCUUUCCUGUUGCUCCUCCCACCGUGUGAGGAGGUGUGUUCACCGCCCGGACAGAACCAUCUCUGCUCGCUGCGCUCUGGGUUCUUCACCCUCCCGCUGCAGAUCUUCGAGUUAGUUCAUUUCGAGGCCUACUGCCCUAGUUUCAUCGGCUUGUAUUGCCGUGUGUCGGCUCUGCUGGGUCUGGAGUCCCUGAUGUCCCAGCAGACUUUGCGGGAGGCGUUCUCUGAGUCCGAGCUGUUCGCUGCCAAGCAGAAACAUCAGCAGGUUGAGGAGUAUUUGCAGCAUAUGGAGGACCUGUGGCGUGAUGCCCGGUGGAUGGUGAUCCUCCAGUCCGCCCGAUAUAAGCAUCAGAGCUCCGGAGUGAGUCUGAGCUGGAUUAUUGACUUCUCCAAAGAGAGCAUCCCAGAGAAACCAGCUUCCACUUCCUCUCAGGUGGACUACCUGCCCUCACCGACCCCUUCACCAGAGACCACACGCAAACACAACGAUUCCCAUGGUCUGUCUGAUGAGGACAACUCUUCCGAGGUGUUCCUCACUACCGACAGCGAGUACAGCUCCAGCGUGACCCAGAGCACCCGAGAACUGGACCUGCUUCCACCGUCUCCCACCAGCUUCAGGUCUGUAGCGUCUCACCCUUCUUCCUCCUCGCAGUCAUCGCCUCGCUCCACUCAGCCGGACGUGCUGCAGACCGGAGGAGGAAUGAGCCGACGGGAACUCGUGAAUGCGUUCGACAGCGACUUCAUCCUCCCGAGCCGCCAGAUCGAGCUGCUGCGGGUCACGGAGAAGAGAACGGCGCUGUGUGUCCGCACCAGCAGUCUGGAAUACCCGCCAACCACACCCACCAGCUCCUCCAAUCACAAGGGCUGGACUCGACCUUCCUCCUUCGAUCUCUGCUUCUCCGCCCCUGAACCCCGCCCUGCGCCUGUGCGCACCCUAUCAGAGGACAGUGGCGUCCAGCGACUCUCCGCCCCCUCCAGCGGUUCCCCUCACAGGCCAGGUCACACCACAUUGAGAGUUUACCCACAAUACCGGACCGGAUUACCCAAGGAAACCAGUGUCAAAUUACGUGUGACCCCAGAGACGUCGGCGAAAGAGAUGGUCGGUCUGGUGGUCCAGGAGAUCAACGCCGUGUGCCAUCACCUGCAGAAAGCAGCGCAGCAGUGCACGUGUGCGGUGGAGCAGUGCAGCUACCCGUCCUGCGAGUCUGAGGUGUGUGUGUACGGCAGCGAGCAGCUGGAGCACUUUGGGCUGGUUCUGCUGGUGGAGGGGAGAGAGAAAUGGCUUCAGGACGACUUUUGCCCACUCACGCUCCAAAACCCAUGGACACGCGGGAAACUCUGCGUCCGUUUCAAAGAGUAUUCGCCGCUCGCACUGCAGUACAGCCGAGCCACGACCGUUUGAUCCCUCCAACAUGUAAAUACACACACUCACACACUGACUUAAGUGCACAGACUACUGAAUACUUGCUUCGUACGUCGUGAGUGGGUUCAUGGGUUCACCAGGACUGAUCUGCUCACCUUUCCUCAUCGGGUGACAUGAGGAGCUCCAUGUCACCUGCACUACAAUAAGAGCAUGCUAACCUUAUGGGGAAAUACACGUCAAGUGCUUAUCAAUCACCAGUAAGAGUUAAAGUCAAUAUGAAGUCAUGUAUGAAUGUU